UGUUCCUUAUUCUUGUUCGUAGAUGCGUGUAAUAUCACUCUUGAUCCAAAUACUGCACAUGAAAUGCUCUCAGUUGCAGAGGACAACAAAACAUUGGUGCGUAACUCAGAGCCAAUGAUUUAUCCUGAUCACCCAGACAGAUUUACUGGCCUCCCACAGAUUCUGUGUAAAGAGCGUCUGUCUGGACGCUGCUACUGGGAGGCCGAGUGGAAAGGACUGGGUGACAUGGUGGUGUCUUAUGGAGGAAUCGGCAGGAAAGGAGAAAGUCUUGAUUGUCGUUUCGGAGCCAAUGACAAGUCCUGGAUUCUGAGCUGCUUUAUUGGAGAGAAACUGAUUGCCUGGCAUGAUAACAUGGGGGUUUAUAUUCCUCUCCCAACAACUCCCUAUAACAGAAUUGGAGUGUUUCUGGAUGAGCCGGCCGGCAUUUUGUCCGUCUUCAGUGUCCCUGAUGAAAACACACUUAAUCACUUGUACACGUUCAAAACCAAAUUUACUGAACCCCUCUAUGCUGGAUUUGUGCUUUAUACAGAGUCAGUAGCCCCUUUCACACAUACAGACCUUUCCGGAAAAUUGCCGGCAAUUUUCUGGAAAGGUUGUAUGUGGUUUCAGACAUUCAAAUACACAUGA